GCCACAACCACGUCGCCCAACGCCGGACCUCGAAUCAGCACGACACAUUGCUGAUAUCCCUUGACCGUGGUCGGAAAAGACUGAUCGAUCGGGAACUCCAAACCGACAAGAUGCCUAGUGAAUCUGGUCAUAGAUUAUACGUCAAGGGUCGCCACCUGAGCUACCAGCGGGGCCGCCACAACACCCACCCCAGGACCAGCCUGAUCAAGAUCGAGGGCGUCGACGACACUGCUGCUGCCAACUUCUACACCGGCAAGAGGGUCGCCUAUGUCUACCGGGGUCAGAAGGAGGUGCGCGGCACCAAGAUUCGGGUCAUUUGGGGCAAGGUGACGAGGCCACACGGCGACUCUGGUGUCGUUCGGGCGAAGUUCUCCACCCCCCUUCCUGCAAGGUCGUUUGGCGCCUCGGUUCGCAUCAUGCUCUACCCCUCCUCGAUUUAAGGGACUGGAUCAGGCCGGAGUUAGUUGGUGAUGGGUGGUUCAUGAUUUUGGUGCAUCAGGGAUAGGCAAGGCCUCUACAGAAAUGGCCAUGCUUCUAGCAUUCAAAAUCAAGGCAAUACCAAGAUGACGAUGCCAUUGAGGAUCCACAGCUUGGGGUACGGGAGAGUGCUUCACUGAUGAGGGACACAAGGCAGCUCAGAGGGAAGACUCUCGGCUUCUCUGUCACAAUAACAACGAUAAAGGCCGAACCUGGGCUACAACAUCUACAGGUCUGCAAGACCGUUGAGGCGGUCUGAGUGGCAGGGAUGGUGA